AUCAUGGGGAGCUCACUGUCCAUUCUGGUUAGGGCCAGCUGGAGGGCUUCAGUACAGCCCCAGCCAACUUUCACUGAACAGCUGGAGCACCAAGACCCUGCACAUUCAUUUCAAAUCAUGAAACACCACUUCAUGGACCACAGGGGAGAACAGUCACCUACCGAUGGGACGACCCUCAGCUUGAUGAGCCCUGAGUCCGCUGAGGAGAGUGUGGAAGUACGCUGGCCAGGGACCAUACAGAAAGAAGACUCACCCCACCCGCUGCCAGAGCCUGCCAUUCCCUGGGAGGAGGGCCUCUACUUCGCUGCCAGGGCCCUGGGGAUGCUGGGCUGGAGCAGCUCCCCAUCUUCACAGUCCUCUGAGUACCAGUUCUACUCCCAGUACCAGUCGUGCUGCUCCUGCAUGUGCAACGAGGACAACACUGCCCCGCAGAGUGUGUGUGCCUUCUACAUGCACGUGCAGACUGUGUGGGGGAUGGUAGUGGCCUGGGAGACCGAGGCCAGCUUCCAGCCCAUCAGCAGGAAGCCCCGCAUCCAUGAAGCCCAGUUCAUCAAGAGGCAGAGGAGGAAAGGCUCCUCCUUCAAGAUGGCUUCCAACACUGACCUACAUUGGGACCUGGAGGCCUGCAAGAGCAACUGCGGCCCUGAGCCUGAGGACACGGAGCUACUGGAGUGUUGCCUGCAGGAGCUGCGGGAGCCCCUGGACUGGCUGGUCACCACGAACUAUUUGUUGCGCUGCCUGGCCUGCUGCUGAGUCUUCCCUUUCCUGGAUGCUCUGCCGGAGCACGUGCAGCAUGGCAUCCAGGAGGGCUUCAGCUGCCAGAUCUUUUAUGAGGAGAUGCUGGAGAGAAGGCGGGCUCAGGGCCAAGCACAUGACCAGCAGUCAGAGGAGGAGCAGAGCCCUUCAGACAACAACAAAUGUUCCUGGCCCCAAGGAGAGGUGCUCCCAGCACAGCAGCAGGAGCAGCAGUGAGCUGGAGGGGAGAUGCCCACCCCUGCCCUCACCUCCAGUGCCUGGGGCUGCUCCUUCCCUAGCCAGCAGUGUCAGAGCCACUCAGUCAGGGAGACAGGAUGAGGGCUGGGGAAAAGGAAUGGCAUGGAGUGCAGAGCAGCGACAGCUGGGAGACUGGAAAGAGCCUGCCUCCUGCCCCAGGCGCAGCAUCUCCACCAGGGUCCAUUUCAAAACCCAAACCCACACAAGAGGACUCUGAGUGUUUCUGAUGGCAGACACAACAUCCGAGACCCACAAAUGCAUGGCCAGAGGGAUUUCUAUUUUUGCCAGUGGAUCAGGCAGGUCCACACUUGCUAAGUAGCUGUGGCUCAUGAGACAGCCAACUGCAAAUGACUCUUUAGCCCUUUGUUUUUCACUGCUACAGAUCUGUCAUAUGCCUUAGUUCUACAUCUUUUAUGUUAUUGGGAUUAGACACAAAAUUGAAUGCAGUGACUAAUUGAAUGAACCAUGCUGUCAGAUUGGUCACAUGGGAAGUUGCCAUUUCCGUAGGUUACAAACUAGCACAGACACCUGGAGACAGGCAGCUUCUCAAGGUAGAGCAGGAGGCUGGGGAUGUCCUUUCAACCUAUGAGUUCAUCUCUGUCAACUAUACAUUUUUAAGUGUUGCCACCAAAUUCAUCUUCACCCUUCUCCCUGUCUCAGGGGGCUGAAUUCAUUCAAGAAAAAUUAAUUGAGGUCCACUGUGUGUUCAACAUGCUGAUGGAAGACAUAUUCCAGCCUCUGAUGCUUCCAGUGAGAGACAGUUAGAAUGGGCAACUGCAAGACAAGGGGAUAAAUCCCAUCAAGAAAGUAUGAAGAUCCUAGAUGAGGGGGCCCAAGCUCAAGCUUUUGAUCUAAGGAAGAACUUUCCAAAAAAGACAAUGUUCCCAGGGGGCUUCAAGGAAAGGUAGACUAAGCUAGACCAGGGUUCAUCAAACAGCACUGUUGACCCUGCAUGCUAAUUAUUUGUUGCCGGGGCUGUCCUAUCUGCUGCAAGAUGUUUACUGGCAUCCCUGGCCUCUACCCAUCAGAUGCCAGCAGCAUCCCCUGCCCCACAGUUGUGACAGCAGCAUCCCCUCUCCCACAGUUGUGACAGUCACAAAUGUCUUCAGACAUUAACAGAUGUUUCCCAGGGACAAAACCACCCUUGGUUGAGAACCUCCCCACUAGACAAGAACAAGACCAUUAGGAGAGGAAACAGACAAGAUACAUUUGGGGAAUUGCUAGCCACCUGAUCUGGCUGGAAUGCUGGGGGUAUUUGUUUAUCCUAUAGUUCAUAAAGAUGUGCCGGGGACUGAAGUGGACAUGGGGAACAAAUGUACAAAGGGGACCAGGCAGGCAUGGAUGCUGCUCUGUAGAGCCUAUGGCCUGAGGGCAUGCAUAUAAAACAAUUAUGAAUGUUCCCAUUUCAUGACCUAAAGGGUCCUGUAUGGCCGGGCCUUUGCUACCUUCUCCAUCACCAUCUCUCAACAUUCUGUGCCUCAUUCACUGUGCUUCAACCACAUGGGCCCCCUUCUUUCCUUAAAGGAUUCAAAUGUUCAUACUUCAGGGCCUUUGCCCUUGUUGUUCCCUCUAAGUACAAUGUACCUUUGUCUGUCUCUCUUCUGGUUGUCCCCUUGCUCAUCUUGGAGGUUGCUGCUUAAAUAUCCCUUUUUCAGAGGGUCCUUUCCCAAUCACCUUUAGCAUAUGCAUCAUUCUAAGUUUGGAUGGUUUUAAGAAGUGACAUGAUUAGAUUUAUGUUUUAAAAAGCUCAUUCCAUGGUGUGUGGGACAUGGAUUGAAAUAGUAGCAAAAGAAGCAAAUGAGAAGUGGAGAGGCCAGUUAGGAGGCUGUUGAGAAAGUCCAGGCCAGGAAUAAUGAUGACUUUGAAAAGGCUGUCCCAAGCCAAGAGGAAGAGUGGUGCCUUCAAGACUUAUUUGGGGAAUAGAAUCCAAAGGCCUUGGAGAAGGAUGCAUGCAGGGGUGGGAGAAAGGGAUUUGUCAUGGUGGAUUCCCAAGUUCCUAGGAGGAACAAAUGCGGGUGGCUGUGCAUUAACUGAUAAGGGGAACUUUGGAGGGUGAUUUCAGUAUAAGUGUGUUUGUGUGUGAGCAUUCAUGUCUGUGUUGGACAUGCAUAUCAGCAUGUGUCUGCCUGUAGACACACCGGCAUAAGUGCUGGGAGGUGGGUGAUAGAGGUCAGUUGAGACAUAGUGAGUUCUAAAUGCUAAUGGCACAUCUGAGCAGCGAUGCUGAAUGGGAAGUUCAUGAUAUUUAGAAGAUAAGUCUAGAUUGGAAAUGUAAAUGAGAAAGUUACCUGCAAAUGAACGGUACCAUACUAAAAAACCACAACGGUGGAUGAAUGACACUAACUAGGGUGCUGGUAGAGUUAGUGUGUGCCCUGUGAAGUAGAAAGGAAGGAAGUGAGGAGCAUUUCUUUUUUUUUUUUUUAAUUUUUUAUUGGAUUUUAGGUUUUGGGGUACAUGAGCAGAGCAUGUAAGAGAGUUGCGUAGGAACACACAUGGCAGUGUGCUUUUCUUUCCUUCUCCCCUUCACCCACAUUUGGCAUUUCUCCCCAGGCUAUCCCUCCCCACCGCCCCCUCCCACUGGCCCUCCCCUUUUCCUCCCAAUAGACCCCAGUGUUUAGUACUCCCCUUUCUGUGUCCAUGUGUUCUCAUUUUUCAUCACCCACCUAUGAGUGAGAAUAUGCGGUGUUUCAUUUUCUGUUCUUGUGUCAGUUUGCUGAGGAUGACGUUCUCCAGAUUCAUCCAUGUCCCUACAAACGACACGAACUCAUCGUUUCUGAUUGCUGCAUAAUAUUCCAUGGUGUAUAUGUGACACAUUUUUCCAAUCCAGUCUAUUAUCAAUGGGCAUUUUGGUUGAUUCCAGGUCUUUGCUAUUGUAAACAGUGCUGCAAUGAAUAUUCGUGUACAUGUGUCCUUAUAGUAGAAUGAUUUAUACUCUUUUGGAUAUAUACCCAGUAAUGGGCUUGCUGGGUCAAAUGGAAUUUCUAUUUCUAAGGCCUUGAGGAAUCGCCACACUGUCUUCCACAAUGGUUGAACUAAUUUACACUCCCACCAACAGUGUAAAAGUGUUCCUUUUUCUCCACAUCCUCUCCAGCAUCUGUUGUCUCCAGAUUUUUUAAUGAUCGUCAUUCUAACUGGCGUGAGAUGGUAUCUCAAUGUGGUUUUGAUUUGCAUCUCUCUGAUGACCAGUGACGAUGAGCAUUUUUUCAUAUGAUUGUUGGCCUCAUAUAUGUCUUCUUUCGUAAAGUGUCUGUUCAUAUCCUUUGCCCACUUUUGAAUGGGCUUGUUUUUUUCCUGUAAAUCCGUUUGAGUUCUUUGUCAAUUCUGGAUAUCAGCCCUUUGUCAGAUGGGUAAACUGCAAAAAUUUUUUCCCAUUCUGUUGGUUGCCAAUCCACUCUAGUGACUGUUUCUUUUGCCGUGCAGAAGCUGUGGAGUUUGAUUAGGUCCCAUUUGUCUAUUUUGGCUUUUGUUGCCAAUGCUUUUGGUGUUUUGGUCAUGAAGUCCUUGCCUACUCCUAUGUCCUGGAUAGUUUUGCCUAGAUUUCCUUCUAGGGUUUUUAUGGUGCCAGGUCUUAUGUUUAAGUCUUUAAUCCAUCUGGAGUUAAUUUUAGUGUAAGGUGUCAGGAAGGGGUCCAGUUUCUGCUUUCUGCACAUGGCUAGCCAGUUUUCCCAACACCAUUUGUUGAACAGGAUAUCCUUUCCCCCUUGCUUGUUUUUGUCAGGUUUAUCAAAGAUUGUAUAGUUGUAGACAUGUUGUGUUGCCUCCGGUGCCUCUGUU